AUGCCCUUCGCUGGCUUUGUACGGGCGUGGAAGGCUAGUGUAUCAGAUGAUACUAUUCGGAACUGCUUCCGCAAGAGUACGGUGCUUCAUGAUGGACAAACCCGGUACGAUGAAACCCCACCGGCCACGCCGGUAUAUACGGAAGAUUCUGAAUUGAGGCCACUUUAUAAUGAGGUUUCUAUAAAGCUGGUGAAUCAAGCAGAUGCGCAAGUAAUCCUUCCGGAUGAAGCAUUCAUCAACCCGCCGGGCGAGAAUAUAGAUACUGGACCACUUGAUUUAUCUGAUAACAUUGUCAAUGUUGGUGAUGAUAGCAAUCCGUUGGCAGAGGAGGACGAUAUAUAUGGGCCACCACUACUUGAUAUUCCGACCAAUACGCUUGUCAAGGGGCAUCUAGAUGAUUUGUCUACAUGGGCUUCAAACAGGGAAGGGGUAUCAGAAGAGGAUAUGUCUUAUAUUGAGGCUUUGAUGAAGCUACACGCAAGGCUACAGAUAAAUGGGAGGAAACAGAAGACACUGGAGGAGAUGGGAUUCAAACCUAAAUAG